CGAGCAAACAGAGCGCAGGAGGCUGAACCGUCAACCGAAAGAGGAAGUUACCUUUACAAGUUGAGCAGAGCUCACAGGUUGUAUUACCUGACAGUCAGCGGAGACGGUCGCUGCUGUGCUUACAGGAACAUGGCCAGAACAGCGGCUAACCGCAACUUAAAGGAACAUCUGAGCCGCAAUGGGCUGAAUUAUGCCAAGAUAAAUGGCUAUCACAACAAGAGAGAGAAAAAUGUCCCAGGGACCGGUGUCGCCUCCAGGCAACACAGACAGGAGUCCUUUGAACAGGCGCCCCUCUACGUGGCUGUCAUGACAUACGUGGGCUUUGGCAUUGUCACGCUUUUUGGCUACCUCAGAGACUUCCUCAGAGCUGUGGGCUUAGAGAAGUGCCACAUUGCCAAGGAAAGGGAGGAACAGAAGGAUUUUGUACCACUUUAUCAAGAUUUUGAGAACUUCUACACCAGAAACUUGUACAUGAGGGUACGAGACAACUGGAACCGUCCCGUCUGCAGCCUUCCUGGACCUGUGUUUGACCUGAUGGAGAGAGUGUCUGACGACUACAACUGGACAUUCAGGUUAACUGGGAGGACGUUACAUGAUGUCAUUAACAUGGGCUCUUACAACUACCUCGGUUUUGCUGAGAACAACGCUGACUUCCUGAAAACUGUGGCAGACAAAACCCGCCAGUAUGGGCUGGGGGUGUGCAGCACAAGGCAGGAAAUAGGCAACUUGGGCAUUCACGAAGAGCUGGAGCAGCUUGUGGCUGAAUUCCUGGGAGUGGAGUCUUCUAUGAUUUUUGGCAUGGGUUUCGCCACUAACUCCAUGAACAUUCCUGCUCUUGUUGGCAAGGGUUGUUUGAUUUUGAGUGAUGAGCUCAACCACACGUCUCUCAUCUUGGGGGCCAGGCUGUCAGGAGCGACUAUCCGUGUGUUCAAACACAACAACAUGCACAGUCUGGAGAAGAUGCUCAGAGAAGCCAUCGUCUCAGGGCAGCCUCGGACCCACAGACCCUGGAAGAAGAUCCUCAUCAUGGUGGAAGGCAUCUAUAGCAUGGAGGGCUCAGUGGUGCGGCUUCCAGAGAUCGUGGCUCUAAAAAAUAAGUAUAAAGCGUACCUGUAUCUGGACGAGGCCCACAGCAUCGGAGCAGUGGGACCGUCAGGGAGAGGCGUGACCGAGCUGUUCAAUGUGAACCCGGCUGACAUCGACGUGAUGAUGGGAACCUUCACCAAAAGCUUUGGAGCUGCUGGAGGAUACAUUGCAGGGAAAAAGGAGCUGGUCGACUACCUGCGCAGUCGUUCUCACAGUUCAGUGUACGCUUCCGCCAUGUCUCCUCCUGUCACUGAGCAGAUCAUGCGUGCCAUGAAGUGCAUUAUGGGAAAAGACGGGAGCACAGAGGGCAUCAGACGAAUCCGCCAGCUGGCUGAGAACACCCGAUACUUCAGGGCCAGGCUGAAGGAGAUGGGCUUCAUCAUCUACGGCAAUGAUGACUCGCCUGUGGUCCCCAUCCUGCUCUACAUGCCUGGGAAAGUGGUGGCUUUCUCUCGUGAAAUGCUGGCGAGAAACAUCGGUGUCGUCGUGGUCGGCUUUCCUGCCACUCCGAUCACAGAGGCUCGAGCUCGCUUCUGUCUGUCUGCAGCUCACACCAGAGCCAUGCUGGACCAGGUGCUGCACCAUCUGAACGAGGUGGGAGACGCUUUAUGCCUGAAGUUCUCACGGCAGAAGUAUCCGUCCUGGUCUGACCUCCAGGAUGAGAAGACCUUCGAGCUGAGCAGCUGAUGUGACGUUUGACCCCGUCAUUUCACAGUGUCAGAGUCUGAGCGUCAGUGCCACCGCAGACCCGCAAACACACGGUGUAGACAAACAGCCGUGUGUGACAGCAGAGGAGGGGCCAAAUGUUUGGCAGCUGCUUUUUAGACGUGUAUAAAACACUGUGAUUCUACUCAUCACUUGUCAACCUAUAUGACCUCUGGAAAUGUUUGGAAUACUUUUAUUUGUGAAUACAUACAGGCAGUUAUUGCACAUGCAUUGCUGGAUUUGCCUUAAACUUAAAUACUUAUAAAUAUAUAUAUGUUUUUAUAUUUAUAUUGAAAAUAGAUCACAUAUAUUGUAAGAGUUCAGUUUCUCUUCACUCUCAUGAGAUUUUAGAGGUUUUAGAUCCAAAGAGGGCUCAUAUUUCUGCUUUUAUUCUUUAAACAUAUAUCUAUAUUUACAAAGACAUUGGAACCUUUUUAUGGAAAUAUGAUUUUCUUUUCAUAAAUUGAUAUUUUCAAAUAUUUAUGAAAUAGUUAUUAUGGAAAAUGAUGCACAUAAAGCCUGGCACACUACUUUUUUUUUUUAAUCCAAAUCAAUUUUGAAAAAGUAAGUAACCCAGGUAUGUCAGGAAUUACCUCAAAUCAACAAGUUGGUCCAUUUCUGACAUCCACCUAAUUCUGUGCUUCAUGUUCACUGCUGCUGCUAUGGCUGUUUCCUCUUUUGGUCUGCUUGCUUCCUGAUUGGCUAUUGUUCCAUUCCAUGUGACCAUCUGCAGAGCAUGUGCUCCGCUGUCUCUGGUGCCCCCCCACAUCCCAGACUUCUUAUUGUAAAUAUUUAACGUUUAAUAUUUGUGAUCUGAAGCCAUCUUCCAAGCAGACCAGAGAAGAUAAAAUCCCUCUUAAUACACAUCACAACACAACAUGAGAAAAUCUGCCAAUAAAAUCUAAAGAACCAUCAGAAAAUCAGGGCUUUGCUGAUUUUUAUUGUUGGAGGGGAAUCAGGCCCAAAAUCAGCAUGAUUAUCUUGUGGCGUGUAUCUUGCUUAAGAUGCAAAGAAUUGGAUAAAGAAUCUGUUUUACCCUACAUAAAGAAGUACUUAUGAGUUGUAAAAGUGGAAAUCGAGGUUUGAUUUUUACUCCUCUGAUAUGCAACUGCUGUUAAAAAUUGAGUGUGCAACACAUUGUUGUUUCUUAAUAAAACACAAAAACUUA